UUUUAUAGGUGGAAUUACUUUUUCCUUUACGAUGGUUCAAAGGUUAAGGAAGAGGGAGAUCCCACAAGUGCUGGUAUUUGUUAUUUUUAUCCUUCUCAGACUCUCCCCGAGCAGCAGGAGCUGCUGUGCGGGCAGAUCGCAGGAGUGGUGCGCUGCAUCACGGAGAUUUCCGGAGCUCCUCCCAGGCUCGUUCGGCUGAGAAAGCUCAAGUUUGCAGUCAUCGUGGAUGGAGACUAUCUGUGGGUUCUGGGCUGUGCUGUUGAGCUCCCCGAUAUCAGCUGUAGGCGGUUUCUGGAGCAGCUCAUCAGCCUCUUCAGGUUUUACAAUGGACCCGUGCGCCACGCUUACAUGGCAUUUUCUCAGGAAGAGCUGAGCAAGCAGUGGGACAAGUAUAUCGAACAUAUCCAAAAAAACACUAAUGACCUCCACAAGGUUUUCAAUUCUCUUUGGAAUCUGGACAAAACCAAGGUGGAUCCCCUGCUCUUACUGAAAGCCGCUCUCAUCUUACAAACCUGCCAGCGCUCCCCCCAUGUCUUGGCAGGCUGCAUUCUCUACAAAGGCCUGAUUGUGAGUACCCAGCUGCCACCUCCUCUUACUGCCCAAGUUCUCCUCCAGGGCAGUGAAUCCUCAGGCGAGAGCGAGCCUGGAGGUGAGGAGCAGCAGAAGCCUGAUUCUCCAUUGCCACCGGGAGUUCGUAUCAUUCCGGUUUUCCUAACAGAAGAUGAAGUCUCAGUGCUCCGAGACUUUCCAGUAGAGUGGAUGACUAGGUCAUCUGUGUCCCCAGCAAGUCCUAAAGGAGGAAAGGACACUCUCUCCUCGCAGGUAGCCUCAGAAGCAUCAGGGGUUCCCGAGUACCAAGACCUGAAUAGUGCCUCUGUUCCGGGGUCCCCCGAGCAGGCUUCGAGCGCAGACGUGGCGUCAGCGGGCGGCCUUGCAAACACACGUGCUGUGAAGGGCUUCCCCGGGCCUGAAGCCAGCACCAAAAAUUCCCCAAGUGCAGAACAGAGCCAAAGCCCAGAGCUGAGCAGAGGAGCAUCCUUCUCAUCAGAGACACACCUGGAAGAGCUGCCAAGCGCUUCCAAACUCCAGACUGCUGAGUAUGCUCAGACUGCAGGUCCAUCCCUGGAAGGCUUUUUCUUUCCAAACCCGUAUGUCCAGGAGAGUCAGAGCACGGGGGAAUCCCUUGUGGACUUUGCUGUUAAAGAGCACGGUUUCCAAAGACGUCCUGCAGCCAGUGGCAGCCCGUCCAUUUGCUCUCCUGUUCAAGAACCAAGCAGGAGGAAGUCAAGCGAACAAGACCAGCAAGAGACUGUCAGGCAAAAUAGUAUCCCUGGAAAGAGCAGCAGUGAAACUGGUGGUAACGUCUGGGGUUUGAAUCAUCCAGAUUCUGUGCAACCAGAGCACGAAAGCAGGAUUCCGAUGCCUGCCGCAGACGUCCAGGAGAGCCUGCCCAGGGACACAGCAGAGAGCUCGGGCGGCAGCGGGAAGCAGGACCCGGCUCCUCGGGUGGAUGUCCUGGGAGCUCAGAGCAGUGGCGCCUCGGGCAGACAGAGCAAACCAGUCAGCAUGAGCUUGUAUGUUCACUGCAUUAAGGGGCUGGUGCUCUUGCUGCUGGCUGAGGAGCAGCUCAGAGAGGACCAGAGCUCCAUUGAAGAUGUGUACCAUAGCAGUCUGGCUUCUCUAAAUGGCCUUGAGGUUCAUCUAAGGGAAACUCUGCCCAAAGACUCCUCUUCUUCUGCUAAGACAACGUACAGUUUCACUCACUAUGACUCCAUUCAGAAUGUGCUCACAGCCAACCUGCCUCCCACACCCGGCCCCAUGGAUCGGCACUUCCUGAGAGCUGCUACGCUGAUCCACUCGGACUUCAGCCGCUUUCCAGAUGUUUCGGAAAUGUUAAUUAGGAACGCCUCCACCGCCGUGUACGCCUGCCGUAAUCCCGUCCAGGAGACCUACUUCCAGCAGCUGGGCGCUCCGCUCCGCAACUCCGGCGUUCCCAACCCUCACGACAGCGCGUUCAGCUUACCCAGCAAGGCCAAGCAGAAGCUGCUGAAGCACGGGGUGAACCUGCUCUGA